GAGGAGAGAGGAGAGGAGGCAAAGGUGUGGGAGCUUGCAACACAACUACACCUCCAUUUGUGCUAAUUCUCCGACUAAUGGUUGUUUUGUGUUUGUUUUUUUGGACUUGGAGCUGUUGGCUGGGUCAGUGAGUUUUCAGGGCCGUGUGCAGAGGGCCGUGUGCAGAGGGCCGUGUGCGGAGGGCCGUGUGCAAAGGUCAGAGGUCCAUGUGCAGAACGCCAAGGGUGGAAGACAACAUGGACGAUUUUAACGACCUUCUGCUAAAACUCCAGGAAUGUCACGAACGAGAGAUCGAAGGGUGGCAGGUCAAACUCCAGGAGCUGGCCAAUAAGAAGGGCUGUGACACAAAGCGCAUGGAGGAGCUUUACACGAGGAACCAGCAGAUGAAGGAGCAGCAGAGGAUCCUCACGGAGAACAUCAAGACCCUGGAGAACAGGUUGAGGGCAGGGCUUUGCGACCGCUGCACCGUGACACAGGAAGUCGCCAAGAAACGACAACAAGAGAUUGAAACACUGCACCUUCAGAGUGUGCAGCACAUAAGACUAAUGGUGUCCGACAUAAACAACCUGAAGAAGGAGAACAAGAUGCUGAGGGACGAGAACAGGAGUCUGCGAGCGGCUCUAGAUCAGACCGGCCACUCCAGUUCUGACCCUGUGGAGGUGAAGACAAGCUCCUCCCCUGACCGCUCCCUCCCCAUGGCCCUGAUCAGCAGAGUUCUGGGCAGGAGCAGCAGUCAGACAGGAGAGGGCGAUGCUACAGUGAAGGUGGAGGCACCUACAAGACUCGACACGGAUUCUCAAAGUGAGAGUCGUCAUGUGAGAGAGUGGCCCCGCAGUCUCUUUGAGUCAUAUAAGCCCCUCCCAAACUCCGCCCCUCCAUCAUGGAAACCUCAGCCUCGAGUCGUGGACAGAAGAUCUCACAGUGAGGACCACACACACUCCAGCUCUCCUCCUGGAAAGAGCCUCCCUCCCUCCUCUCUCUCCUCCUCCCUCUCCUCCGUCUCUCUCACCUCCCUCUCCCCCAUAGCAGAGGUCCAUGCCCCCAGCAGACACAUCCUCCAUGCCCCAGUACCAUGCCGACCCCAGCCUCUGAAGAGCACCUCGAAUCCUCUGCCUUCAUGGUCCCCCCUCGGUGAGCCUCCGGACUGGGCUACGGCCACCGCCUCCUCCCAGUGCUCCAAACCGCGCUUCCCAAACCUGAUCCCCUCCACUCAGCACCUGAACAGCCACGCCUCCAGACGACUUGCCGCGGGGCAGGUGUGGCACAAACCGAACGUCGCGCUGCAGAAUCAAAGCAAGGAGCCAACGGUAGUGUUCAGACUGAGGAGCAGAGAGCAGGAGAGAGGGGGCGGUCCACGGGAACCACAGGAACCUCAAGGACCCAAGGGACCACAGGGACCCCAGGGACCCCAAGGAUCCAAGGUACCACAGGGACCCCAGGAACCCCAGGGACCCCAGGGACCCCAAGGAUCCAAGGUACCACAGGGACCCCAGGAACCCCAGGGACCCCAGGGACCCCAGGGACCCCAGGGACCCCAGGGACCCCAGGGACCCCAAGGAUCCAAGUUACCACAGGGACAGAGGGAGAGCCACCUGAUCCAGUCUGAGGAGGGCAGCAGCCACGAGGGCAGUGAGUGUGAGGGACCUCUCGACCUAUCAGACACGGGUCGGACCAAAGCAGUGCCACGGGACAGUUCUCCACCAGGGGGCACAGUGCAGGCAGAUGCGGCAGGGGGCGCUGUGCAGAGCGGAGAUGAGACGUGUGCAGAGCCGCAGUCUGCCCCUGAGGCGACUACGACCAUGAAUGUGAAAGAGAGAACAGAGGAGAGACCAGAGGAGAGAGCAGAGGAGAGCAGUGACACCAAGAACAACAAGGUGGUGAAACAGAAGGAGCAGGUGAAUGGAAAGGAGGAGCAGGGUAAGAAGGUCCCAGUGCUCACCAUCUCUCUGAGGCCAGUGGUAGUGCUGGAGAGUCUGAAUUCUGCGGCACAGAAACACGACUCCUCAUCGUCCAAUCAGAACUCCCCAGAUGAGGCAGGAGGAGGCAGUAGCUCUGAUGAGAGGGAGGAAGACAGCGGUGAUAGCGUCUGUGGGAACAAGAGGAAGAGAGACGAGAGCGACUCAGAUGAAUCUGUUUCACCACAGAGGAAAGUCAUGAUCACUGUGAGGAGCGAGAAGAAGAGAUGAACACCAGGACCCACUCUGAAUGGACCAGAAAAUAUACUACAAAUGUACUACCAAUACACUACAAAUAUACUACAAAUGUACUACAAAUGUACUACAAAUAUACUAGAAAUAUACUACAAAUAUACUACUAAACAGACAAAAAAUAUACAAGAAAUAUAUGAGAAAUUAACUAAAUAUGAAUACAGUAGGAGACUAUAAAGUUCUGAUUUGUUUGUCAAAGAGAGUUGACUUGCGUUUUCAGACACAUGACACUCGCUCCAGCUUCUUCUUGAGUUUAAUGUGGACGUGUGUUGGCGCCACCUUCAGGGCUGUUUUUGUAUUUGUGCUGUGUAUAUAAUAUAUUGGCACUACUCCUUUAGUCUGAAAGCACAGCCCAAACUAUUAUGAAACGUACCACAGUGAAUAGUUGAGUUUCGUGUCUAGAUCAGAUCCAGACCAGCCUCAGAAAUAACACUUUUAUGUUUCUUCAAAUAGAUUUUCAAGACUCAAAAAACAUACCUGUUUAUGUUUCAUGUUUUGCUGAAGUGAAUUCAAAUGAGAGUUAAGCUGUUUGAAAUGUGUUAUGUUAUUCAGAGGGCGUGUGUGAAAGAAAACCUGUGAAUAACGUUAUCAUCAGCGUUCGCGUUGGCAUUUUCACCCUCUGACUUCCUCUGUUCUUUUCUGAUAUUUUGAUCUGUCAUGUAUUGAUCAUUUUUAAAUAAAAUAUAUUUUU